AUGUCCAGAAAUUCUGGCAAACUGCGAGUCAUCAUUGCAGGAGCUGGGAUUGCAGGGCUUGCAACAGCUAUCUCUCUCGCACGGGUAUCAACUCUCCCGGAUCUUGACAUCCAGCUGUAUGAACAAGCCUCUGAGCUUCUGGAAAUUGGCGCCAGCAUCGCGCUCAGUCCAAAUGGUAUGAGAACUUUGGAAAAGCUUGGUGUAACCAACGCCCUCUCAGAUGAAGUUGGCUUUAGAGGACCAAGUGGAAUUCCCCAAAUAUUUCGGCACUGGAAGACAGAUCAAGUCAUCUCUGUUGACACACAUACAAAUGUUCCUGAUCCUCGUCAUCACACUACCCGCUUUCAUCGUGGCCAUCUGCAUUCUGCUCUUCUGGAGCAUGUUCCUCGCCAGUCUAUUCAUCUAGGCAAAAAGAUUAUAAAUGCGGAGAUCACCGACAAUGGAGUCUCACUACAUUUUGAAGAUGGAACCAAGGCAUACGGUGACAUUUUGAUCGGGGCAGACGGAAUCAAAUCAAGAGUCCGCCAGUCUUUUGUUCCAGAAUACAAGCUGCGAUUCAGUGGGAAGAUAUUUAUGAGAUCAACUUUCGAUGCCUCGUUGGUGGAGGAUAAAAUUCCUGAUUUACCCGCUGACUCUUUGCAUUGGUGGGGGCCAAAUGACAACUUUUUUGCAUCUCGACUCGGCAAGGGUCAGUUCACUACUGUCGGUGCUUAUAGCGACCCACGCACCACCGAUGAGCUUGAGAAGAGCGUCGAUUGGGACCAAAAGGGAGAUGUGCAAUUUUUGAGAGAGAGAUACAAGGAUUGGAAUCCUCUUAUAAAAGCCUUAAUUGAGGUGACUCCCUAUACUAAUCUUUACCCAAAUUUUGCUGGAGAUGCGUUACCGAAAUGGGUAUUUGGAUCGCGAGUCACUCUUGUCGGGGAUGCUGCCCAUGCCCAUGGUGGCGCUUUCGCAGCAGGAGGAUCUCUAGCAUUAGAUGAUGCGUUGGCGCUUGGUCUUGCCUUUAAGCAUGUAUUUCAAGUGUCCGCUACCAAUGUGCUUUCAUUGGAUCGGGUCAAAGAGUCAUUAUAUCUAUACACCGAGACGAGAAAGCCGCAUACCGAUAAGUUGCUUCGCAUUGUGCAUACCCAGAUUGGCACAAAGACAUCUGGAUUUACAACAGCCGAGGAGGAAGAUGCAAAGCUGGUCGCACGAAUGAAAAACAGACCGGAUACAGAGUGGCUAUCUGAACACGAUGUUGAAGCCGCUUUGACUGCUACAAUCAAACGUGAAGAGAGCAGGGCGAGUAUUGAGGAAACAGUCCAGCUCGAAAGUAAGCUUUGA